AUGGCACAAUUGGAGGAAACUGCUGUCAUUGCGAUGAUCAAGGAAGCGCUUGAACAUUCGCCCUACGCUUGCUCGUCGCUGGUACGUAUGACCGCCGGCACGACCAAUUUCGUAUUUCGCGGCACCCUCGUCCAGCCAAUUACAAGUCCAAAUGGCUUGAACAAUACUGUAAUCAUCAAGCACUCAAAGUGCCAUGUGCCCGGGAACAAAGACUUUCCGCUUGAUUUGUCUCGAUGCCUUGUUGAAGAGUCUAUGCUUGAGGCAUUGAAUACCUUUCCCGCCGGCGCCAUGGGAGUAACCACACCACAUCUCUACUGGUUUGAUCGAGAUACCCAUAUCAUGGUAAUAGGGGAUCUUCCUAAUGCGCUCGAUUUGAAGUCAAUUAUGACUUCGCCAGUGGUGAAUACCACACUCAAUCUCACAGUUGCAUCAACCAUUGGACGCCAUCUUGGUACGUGGCUACGAACUUUCCACACAUGGGGUUCAGAGCCAGCUCAGAUUCGACUCUUAAAUGAGAUGAAUCAAAACAAAGCUAUGAGAGACUUGAAAUACAAAAUCACUUAUGGCACCUUCAUUGAGGUUCUUCAAGAAUUUCCCGACAUUCUAGGAGAUGAUGCUAUGCAGCUACAAGCUCUUAGGGAAUGGGCCGCCAAAGAAUUCGAGAAGAAUCCCGCAGACAAAGACCAGCAAGGUUGGGGACUUAUACACGGAGACUUUUGGACUGGAAACGUCCUGUUGCCAACAAACUCGUCAAGUAGAGUGCUCUCAUCGGAGAAGUUGAAGAUGUUCAUUGUAGAUUGGGAAUUCGUCCAAUUCGGAAAUUGGUCCUAUGACCUUGGGCAAAUGAUUGGCGAUAUUUACGAACGUGAACACUUUCACAACAUCGACCACGCUCUGCUGAUGAUCAGAGCCUUUGUGGAGGGAUACGGUGGACUAAGCGACGACAUGGCAUACCGUACCGCUAUUCAUUCAGGAGUUCAGCUAUUGGGCUGGUACAAGAGACGAGCGCCAGGGAGUCCUCUGUUCGGAACACGGAGACAGAUAGAGGCGAUGGUCGUGUUGGGAAAGGAGUUUGUGCUCAGGGGCUGGCAGAAGGAUCGGGUGUGGUUCGAGACGAGCCCUCUGGCUGCAUUGUUUAUUUGA